GGAUCUUUCUUCCUUUGACAAAUCAACACGCAAUGUUUAAACCCCAUUUGUCCCCUUCCUAGAAAUUUCCUUCCUCAUGAUCUCAAUAGUAAAAGUUGUUCCCUUUAUUUAACUUUCCACACCACACCCACUUCCUCUAUCAUAUUUUCUCACCUCCCCUCCUCUUCUUCUUCUCUCUCUCUUGUGGUCUGUGAUCCUCUUAAUCUUCACACACACUGCAUAAAGUUCGAAUCUUUCAACAACCCAGAUCGAGUUUUGUAGUUUCUUCAUCGGAUUUUGAUACAAAAUGGAGAACAACAACAACAACCAGUCGUUUUGGCAAUUCAGCGAUCAGCUUCGCGUUCAAGGCACCAACUUUGCAAAUCUCACAGUUAAUGAUUCGAUUUGGAGCAAUUCGUACAGCAAGAGGCCUGAUGAAAGGAGGAAUUUCGAUAUAAAGGUAGGCGGCGAUGUCAGUCCUCUGAUCAAUUUAACCCCAAAAGGGUCUGAUUUCAAUGGUUUCAACGACUCUUGGGUGGACAAUCUGAAGCCAAAAGGGUCCUCUGACUCCAACGGCUCCAACGAUGGCUGGAACAGCUUCAAGCCAAAAGCUUCAGAGCUCAACAAUGGCUUUAACGACAGAUGGAACAAUUUCAAGCCAAAAGCUUCAGAAUUUAACGCUUUUAACGAGGGCUGGAAGCUUGGUGCUUCUGCUGCUGCUGCUGGGUCGGUUCUUGGCGGCGGCUCGCAGCUCAAUGGCGGCUUCAACAAGGGGAUUUACUCCAAGCCUGCAAUUUACAACAACAACAACAACAUGGUCAAUUUGAAGCCCUACAAGAACAAGGCUCAUGAGGAAGAUCUUGUUCAUGGCGGCAAAGUUGGGAAGAAGAACAACAACAAUUCUAGCAAGAAGAAAGCUGGUGGAGAUGACAACAACAAGGACAGCAAGGGCGCUGUGGACAAAAGGUUCAAGACUCUGCCACCAGCUGAGUCUCUGCCUAGAAAUGAAACCAUUGGUGGAUAUAUCUUUGUCUGCAACAAUGAUACCAUGCAAGAAAAUCUCAAGAGGCAGCUUUUUGGUUUGCCUCCACGUUAUCGUGAUUCAGUGAGGGCGAUAACUCCGGGGUUGCCCCUUUUCCUCUACAACUACUCCACCCACCAACUCCAUGGAAUUUUUGAGGCUGCAAGUUUUGGAGGCACCAACUUUGAUCCAACGGCCUGGGAGGACAAGAAGUGCCCUGGCGAGUCACGUUUCCCAGCUCAGGUUCGAGUUUUUACCAGGAAAGUUUGUGAACCACUUGAGGAAGACUCAUUCAGGCCAAUUCUUCACCACUACGAUGGCCCUAAAUUCAGGCUUGAACUUAGUGCAGCAGACAGUGUGGCGAAGGCGUACAAUCUGGGUGCCGGUAUUGGUAGGCGUCGCAAAGGCUCAUCUGGUUUUAGUGGGCCCAGUCAGGGUCCAUCAAAGAGGGGAGGAUCUAGCUCCAGUUCUGCGAGUAGUGGUUGGUCUGGAGGACGUGGGACUGGUUCCAGUAGUGGGGGGUCUGGUUCCCGACCGUUCUGGAGCCAGUCUUCGGGACAACAAUCAGUGGGCAGUACAGCCAGGGAUCCUCAGAGGCAGUUUACUGUAACUUGUUACAAUUGUGGGCAGGCAGGGCAUGUGAGGAAGGAUUGCCCGAACCGUGGGCAGGCUAGUGGCUCUGACUGGGGCCCAGCAGGGGCAAGGCAGCAGAGCUCAGAGUCAGACACAGAGUGGUGCAUCGUCGUCUGCGGCAGGGUCGUCAUCGAGUAG